AUGGGUAAAAUGUGUUUGUUUUUCGGAAUUCCAAAAGUCGGGGAUAUUUUUGUUGCUCUUUUACAAUUGGUUCCAUACCAUUUUAUCAUGUCGGAAGACUUGGCUAGCAAGAUUCGGAAGCAAGUGGAGUUCUAUUUCAGUGGACUGAAUUUGAGACGCGACAAGUUUAUGAGGGAAAAGAUGUCUGCUGAUCCUGAGGGAUUUAUGACCAUUGAAACCCUCAUGACGUUCAAUCGUCUGAAGCAGCUCACAACCGAUCCUAAGGUUGUUGUUGAUGCGAUUAAGAGUUCCGAUAAGCUAGCCUUCAACAGCGACUUUACCAAGGUGAAGAGCAACAUUGAUUUCAGAAAGCCUGAAAACGAUGUUUCUCUCCGCACGGUCCAUAUGCGUGGCUUCCCUACCAGUGCGACGCUGGACGAUCUUCUUGAAGGCUUAAAGCCCUACGGCAACAUUCGCUUCAUCGAAAUGCGUCGUUUCGUGAGCACUCGCGAGUUCAAGGGAUCGGUGAAUGUGGAGUUCGAGACGGCUGAGGAAGCGGCCGCGUUCAUGGAGAAGAAGAUCGUGUUCGCCGGCGUGGAGAUCACAGAGAAGCAGCUGCUCUCGGAGCGCGAGAAGGAGUUCGAGGAGCGCAACAAGCGGCUGAGUUUCUGCCGCGACAGCAUCGUUCAGAUCCGCAACAUCGGCACCGAAACGACGACGGAGAAGCUGCGCGAAGUGCUGAAGCCGUACCUGACGGAGUACAGCUUCGUGCUGCACACGGAGGGCGAGAACCAGGCGAUGGUGCGCUUUGCGACGUGCGAAGAAGCGGCGAAGGCGGUGGAGGAGCUGAAAACGACGACGAUCGCGGAGAAGCCGCUGAAGUUGCAGGUGCUGAAGGGAAAGAAGGCGAACGGAGUGUGGACGAAGAUGAAGGCGCUGAUGAUCGAUGGGGAGAAGGCGAAGAAGAACGAGAAGGGAGAGAAGAGAGAACGAGAGAAUGAAGGAGAGGGAGAGGGAGAAGAAGAGGCGAAGAAAGCCAAGCUGGACUAAAAGUCUUUU